AUGUUAGUGUGGCUGUUGGUGAUUGUGUUGCUGACCCUGGUGUACUAUUAUGGGCAGCGUCGGUUCCGUUAUUGGAGUGACAGAGGCCUUCCCCACCUGGAGGGAUCGUUACCGCUGGGAAGCAUGAAGGGCGUUGGCAAGAAGUUGAGCCUGAACGAACUGAUCGAUCAAGUUUACAACCGAUUCAAAUGUCAAUCCCCUGCGGCCGGGGUGUACUUUCUUGUAAACCCUGUAUUGAUUGUGUCCGAUCUCGAUCUGGUCAAGCGUAUACUGGUGAAGGACUUCGAUCACUUUCACGAUCGUGGAUUAUACGUGAACGAGCGUGAUGACCCAGUGUCCGGUCAUCUUUUUGCGCUGGGCGGUGAGCGCUGGCGAUAUCUACGGAAUAAGCUCAGCCCGACGUUCACGUCCGGCAAGAUAAAGUAUAUGUUUGGUACGAUCCGUGAUAUCGGGGGCGAGUUGCUGGCGUCGUUCGACAGGUACAUUGACCAAGGUACACCUAUCGACAUAAAACUGUUAAGUCAAUGCUUCACCUGUGACGUAGUGGGUUCGUGCGCGUUCGGUCUGCGUUGCAAUUCGCUCCAAAAUGGAGGCUCUAAGCUGCUGGAGAUGUCGGAUCGACUUUUCCGGCAAUCUGCCGCUAGUACCAUCUACUCGAUCGCUACCUCAACUUUUCCUCGGCUGUCUCGAGCACUCCAUUUGCCCGUCUUUCCCGGGGACAUAUCGUCAUACUUCAUGGACCUGGUACGAUCGACGGUAGAGCACCGGGAGCGGGAAGCGAUCGAGCGGUCCGACUUCCUGCAGCUAUUGAUGCAGCUCAAAAACGCUGGUACCGUUGGGCCUACCGAGGAUGGACACGAGCAGCAGUCAACCCAAAAGCUCACCCUGGACGAGGUGUCCGCGCAGGCAUUUUUAUUUUUCUUUGCCGGCUUUGAGACAUCUGCGACGACGCUCGCAUUCGCGCUGUUUCUCUUGGCCAACGAUUCGGCAGUACAGGAACGCUGCCGGGAGGAGAUAGUGGAGAAAUUGGCGCAACAUGACAACACCAUCAGCUACGAGGCUCUCAAAGAGAUGACCUAUCUCGACUGGGUGAUAAAUGAAACCCUUCGACUGUAUACACCGGCCGGUCUGGUGAUGCGGGUCGUCACCGAACCCUACCGGUUGGAGACGUGUAACGUGACACUCGAACAGGGCACCAUGGUGAUCGUUCCACUUCAAUCGUUCCAUCACGAUCCGGUCCUGUUUCCCGAUCCAGAGCGCUUCGACCCGGAUCGGUUUUCACCGGAGGUGGCCAAAACACGCCACAGCCACGCGUUCCUACCAUUUGGCGACGGGCCACGGAACUGCAUCGGGAUGCGGUUUGGACUGCUGGAGGUGAAGUUUGGAAUCGUACAGGUGAUCAGCAAACUGCGUCUAACGGUAAACCCGCGAACCGUACUCCCGCUACAGCUGAACAAGAGCGCUGGCUUUCCCGAAGCGACCGGUGGUCUUUGGCUGGACGCAGCUCGGCUGUAG